AUGAUGAAGACGACGCCAGUGACGCGCGGUGUGCUUGGCACCAAGGUCGUCACGCGCGGCGGCAUUGAGGCGGCCAUGGACCCCUUCGCGCUCUCGGUCUGCCGCGUCCAAGUCGCCGAUCUCGCCGACGAGCAGAGCACGUGCUACGCCGUGCAGUCGCAGAACGCCAUCUCGGGCCGGUCCUGGGUUGUGUACCGGCGCUACUCGGACUUUGCGCUCUUCCGCGAGAAGCUCUUGUGCCACUUUCGGGGCUUUGUCGAGGUCGUCCCGAAAGCCUUCAACCGCAUGAUGGCCCUGCCAUUCCCGAAGAAGCAGGCCUUUCCGCGCAAGGCGACGCUUCGAGCCCGCGAGGCUGCGUUCCUUGCGCUCAUGCGCGCCAUCCACGACAUUCUGCUGUACCCCGAGUACUUCAUCCACCACGACGUGAGCUACAUGGGCUUUGCGAUCUUCAAGGGCUUCCUCGGCAGCCGCCUCCACGUGCUCCACAUCAAUAUGUACCACGUGCAGAAGACGGUCCCGCAGCACCAACUACCGCGCCGCGACCGCGCCUGCGUCAUUCAGUGCGGUACGUUAGCGACCAUCGUGGAAGAGCCAGCGCCGAUCCUCGUCCUCAAGCGCGCCGCGUCGGACGAAGCCGAGACGAGCAUGACCGCGAGCGUCGCGUCCGACGACGACGACGAGGCAGAUCCGAGGUACGCGCCGGCUCUCAAGCGCAAAACGUCGUGGACGGCCAAGGCCCACCGCGUGCUCAGCGUCAAGCGGCUCUCCAAGAGCCAGCUCCUGCCCGCCGUCGCGUGA